UAUUCUAAAUUCUUCCGGCUUAAUGUAGGGUGAAAAAACAAACACUGUUAGUACUUCAUGAUCACCAUGCAAAAUACUAAAGAAAGUAAACCUACUAUUAAAACAGAAGAAAGCAAUGUGGAUGAGGCACAGGCACUUGCGAAUACAGUUCCCGCAAAUGAAGUUGUUAAAGAAGAAAGUGCCAUAAACUUAGAAGAGACAAUAAUUAUGUUGCCCCAAAAUGACAGCUCUAAGUCUUCAGAUGAUUCAACAAUUCUGGAUGAUGUAGCUGAAGAUUUUUUUGAUGACUUCAACAAUAAGGAAUUCCUAGCUGGACUUGAUGUGGUUGAUGCAUGGGAAGACAAUGAAAGUGAAUCGAACCAACAUUCAAUAGACAAUGAAAAUGCUUGCACAAAUGAGAUGCCAUAUACAGAAACUGUGGAGAAAGAACAAACUAAUCUUACAACAUCUACCGAGCCUGAAAAUAUAAUUACUGAUGCUGGUGAUUUAAAAAAAGAUGGGCCUGCUGGUAGUAAAGUAGAUAAGUUGAAAAAAUAUACAAUUCCCAAGAGGAAAUCCAAAUCGCGAUCUCGGUCUCUGGAAGGUAAGCCAAGAGAGCGGAAUAAAACGCGUAAGUAUGAUACCGAUAGUCGGCGCGAUCCUGAAAAGGUAAACCGUGAUAUACAGCGCGAUAAAGCAAAAUGCGAGAAGGAACGCAUCACGGAAAAACUGCGCAUACUUGAGACAGGAUUAGUGCCACCAGGAACUGAAAUGGAUGAACCUGCUGCUGCUACUGAUGUAAGACAGCCAUCGCGUCCAACAAAACGUAUUUAUUCGCGGAGCCCGUCACCAUUCCACCGGAAACGUCGAUCACCACCUGUGCAGACGAUUCAUACUCGCAAGCGCUAUUCACCACCAUAUCGUCGUCGGUCUCGCACACGUUCACCUAUCCCCCAGCCAUUGUACGAAGCACGGUAUGAUAAUCGCCGAAAACGGCUACGAUCUCGCAGUCACAGUCCAGAUCGAGCUCGACAUCGUUCUCGCUCCUUGAAUCGUUACCAAAAGUUAUCAGCUGAGCGACACUCGUCGAAACACAGUUAUGAUCGAUCCCCCGAUCGAAAGCAAUCUUUUCUUGAAGAACUAGAUCGCAAACUAGCGCGAAUUGAGUAUGAUCACAUGAAGAAUAUUACGGCGAAGAUUAAUGGCGAUAUCUCUAGUAGUUCACACAAUAGCCAUAAUCAAUACAGUCAUAGCAUGCUGGGAGUUAUGCCGGUGCCGCAAAUGGUGCCGGCGAUGGACCAUACGCAAUACGUCGGUGGUGCAUCAUACGAUCAAUCGUUUUUUGUGGGUAGUGGGCACGUAGUGGAUCCAAAUCCUUAUAGUGUCGGAUACCAGCAGGGUUGUGUAUCAUAUGAGCAGAUGAAUACGCCGGCGCAUAAUUUUCAAGUUGAGACAAACGAGGAGGCCACUAAGAAGCUUUUCAACGAUGACAGUAUAUCACUCACGGAAUAUCUUAAACUAACGCAAAGAUCUGACAAUGCACAACAAAUCCACCCAGCACACAAAGUUAAAGUGUUAAAUCGUUGUCAAGACGCAUUGACGCUAAUAUCGGAAUUGCAGCGGCCGAACGGCCGUUUCUACAGCUGCGUAAACCGUCUCCAAAAGAUCGAUUCCACUCAAUCACCGAGUACAUCGGGAUGUGGAAGUCCAAAGUUUGGUUCUCCUAUACACUUCAGAUUCACAUCAAAACGCACUGUCAACGAAAAGCAGCCCACAUCUCUCAGCAGGUUAUUGGCGCGGCUGGAUAUAAAGGAAAAGCUCGUUAUUCUUCCAACAGGUGACGAUUUGCAGCAGAAGACUUUUGAAGAUGCGAUAUCACAAACCUCUGACUAUGAGUGUGAAAAGUGUACAAAGUUCAAGCAAAUUCAACGCAUUGACGUCGCCGUGCAGUGCAUGCCAAGUACUCAAGAGUUUGGCGCCAACGUUACCGAGGACGAUUUUCUGGCGAAUGCACAAAGCCUCCUGAAAAAUGUACUCAAACACCAAUCUUUCGCGUCGCUUACCCCGGCGCAGAUACUUGCGCAAUUGAGCGAGAACAAGGACGAGAAGGAGGAGCGACGUCCACAGCAACCUCAGAUGCAAGAAUUUGUGCGACGGGAAAGGCGAGAGAGCAAUAGCAGUAGUGAUUUUGAGCGAAGGAACAAUAGGCCCCAGAAUCAGCAAGGUGGAUAUCCCAGCAAGUAUCACGAGCAGAGUGGGUCGCAACGCAAUCCGCUAAUUGGAUAUACCCAACAGAUGGGACCGGGAGCUGUACCACCACCAAUGGGCAUUGGUAUUAUGGGCUCCCAGCAAGGACAUCGCGCUAUGCGUCCAGGUUUUUUCCCGCGACGCCCACUUCUGAAUCCAAAUCAACCGCCCAGAUAUGGCCCUAAUUUUGGCCCGAACACGAUGCAUAAUUAUCCAGUGAGGAGAUAUCAUUAAGAGCUUUGCAAUCAAUGGCUGUUCAUAUUCUGAUAAACGUAAACCUUAUAUUUUUUAACCGUUUUGAUAUGAAUUAUGUAUUUGAUUUUUAUAUUUAUAUAAAACUUGGAAAUAAAAGAAAUCCUUUUAUCUUUAUUUUUGUUGAGGAAGGCCUCCAUAAUUUAAUUGUUUUCAAUAAACAAAAAUUUUUAUAUAAAAAAAUACACAA